GGAGGAAACCGAAAGGGCAAAAGCAAGAAAUGGCGCCAAAUGUUGCAGUUUCCACACAUCAGCCAAUGUGAAGAUCUUCGGCAAACAUUGGAGCGGGACUACCACAGCUUGUGUGAGAAGCAGCCCAUAGGCCGCUUGCUCUUCCGGCAGUUUUGUGAAACCCGGGUGGAGCUGAUGCGCUGUGUCAAGUUUCUGGAUGCUUUGGUAGAGUAUGAAGUGGCGCCUGAUGAAAAACGGAAGGAGUGUGGGCAGAUCCUGAUUGAGACAUACCUGAGCUCUAAGGGUGUGGACCAUGUUCCUGAAGUUCCCUCACAUCUAGUAAAUCUGUGCUCAGAGCGACUGGAGCAGGAGCCAUGUAAAGAGCUCUUUAAGGAAUGUACCAAGCUCAUCCACGACUACCUGAGUGUGGCACCUUUUGCUGACUACCUUGACAGUAUCUACUUCAGUCGUUUUCUGCAAUGGAAAUAUCUUGAAAGGCAGCAUGUGACCAAGAAUACUUUCCGCCAGUAUCGUGUACUAGGAAAGGGAGGCUUUGGAGAGGUAUGUGCUUGUCAAGUAAGAGCCACUGGGAAGAUGUAUGCUUGCAAGAAGCUCGAGAAGAAGCGAAUAAAAAAGAGGAAAGGGGAAGCCAUGGCUUUGAACGAGAAGCAGAUACUGGAGAAAGUGAACAGUAGGUUUGUAGUGAGUUUGGCCUAUGCAUAUGAAACGAAAGAUGCUCUGUGCUUGGUCUUAACCCUCAUGAAUGGAGGGGACCUGAAAUUCCAUAUCUACCACAUGGGAGAAGCGGGCUUUGAAGAGCCACGAGCUGUUUUCUAUGCUGCUGAAAUCUGCUGCGGUUUGGAAGACCUUCACCAUGAGAGAAUAGUAUACAGGGACUUGAAGCCUGAGAACAUCUUGCUGGAUGAUCAUGGUCACAUCCGCAUUUCUGACCUGGGGCUUGCUGUUUAUGUUCCGGAGGGUCAGACAAUAAAAGGUCGGGUGGGAACAGUUGGCUACAUGGCUCCUGAGGUAGUAAAGAACGAGCGGUACACGUUCAGCCCUGAUUGGUGGGCCCUAGGAUGCCUGCUCUAUGAGAUGAUCGAGGGGCAGUCUCCCUUCCAGCAGCGGAAGAAGAAGAUCAAGCGUGAAGAGGUGGAACGCCUGGUGAAGGAGGUGCAGGAGGAGUACUCGGAAAAGUUCUCACCUGCUUCUCGAUCCUUUUGUUCCAUGCUCCUCUGCAAAGACCCAAUGGAGCGGCUGGGGUGUCGAGGUGCUGGUGCCCAGGAGGUGAAAGAGCACCCUCUCUUUAAACAUUUGAAUUUCAAACGGUUGGAAGCAGGGAUGCUAGACCCGCCAUUCAAGCCUGAUCCUCAAGCAAUUUAUUGCAAGGAUGUGCUGGACAUUGAGCAGUUCUCCACUGUCAAGGGUGUUGAGCUGGAGCCUACAGACCAUGACUUCUACCAUAAGUUUGCAACGGGGAGUGUCUCCAUCCCCUGGCAGAAUGAGAUGAUAGAGACUGAGUGUUUCAAGGAGCUGAAUGUCUUUGGUCCAGAUGGUGCUGUUCCUCCUGACCUGGACUGGAAGGGGCAGCAGGCUCCUCAGCCCAAAAAGGGCCUGCUGCAACGUCUCUUUAGCCGACAGGACUGUUGUGGGAACUGCAGUGAAAGUGAAGAGGAGCCCACUCGCCUAUAGGUGCAGCCGGUGCAUUCUCUCAAAGAGCCCAGCCAGGCGGCGAGCUGACUCUGCCCAGGAGAUGGUACUGGCUUUGGCGGACAGUCCAGCACA